AUAGGUGACUUAAGGAGAAAUUGGGAGAAAUUUAGUUCUUCAGUUAACACACCUGGGAUGUAAUGUAUUUUGACAUUUUGACAGACUAAACGGUUGGGAUUCAAGCUAUUAAAGUUGGGUUUAGUUCUUUUCUUGCGUCAUUUUUAUUCCAAAUGGAGGACAAUUAUAUCAAGGAUUCUGAAGAAAAAGAAAAUGCAAAUAUCAGCCCUAAAGAAACUGAUAAAAAGGAUGCGAUCAUCGACCACCUGGAAAUCUGUGUCACCGAGGCAGAGAAGAGAGAAACUGGUGCUUUGAACAUCAGGGAUUUCUACACUGUGUACCUCAUCGAGACGAAGGUGAUGGACCCCAACUGGGGCGGCUCGCUCACGACCUUCAGCAGUCUGUGGCGCCGCUACAGCGAGUUCGAGCUGCUGCGGGCGUACCUGGAGGUGAGCUACCCCUACAUCGUGCUGCCGCCGCUGCCCGAGAAGAAGGUGAUGUACGCCUGGCAGAAGGUGGCCUCGGACACCUGCGACCCCGACUUCGUGGACCGGCGCCGCGCCGGCCUGGAGAACUUCCUGCUGCGCGUGGCGUCGCACCCGCUGCUGUCCUACGACCAGCAGUUCAUCGGCUUCCUGCAGCAGGAGACCGGCUGGAGAGAGAGCUUCAAGGACGCCGGCUACCUGCAGCGCGCCGAGUGGAAGCUGAAGGCCCUGAGCGUGGCGGUGCGCCUCAAGCAGCCCGACAGGCGCUUCGAGGCCAUCAAGAACUACGGCAACGAGCUGCAGAGCAACCUGGGCAGCUUCCUGCGCGUGCGCGCGCGAGCCGUGGAGCGCGUCUACACCGUGCACAAGCUGCACACCAACUACGGCCGCGUCUUCAGCGAGUGGAGCGCCAGGGAGAAGGAGAUGGGCGACGGCCUGCAGAAGGCGGGCCACUACCUGGACUCGCUGGCGGCCGGCGUGGACGCGCCGCUGGAGGAGGAGGAGCUGGUGGCCGACCAGCUCAAGGAGUACCUGUUCUUCGCCGGCGCGCUGCAGGCGGUGUGCCGGCGCCAGGAGGCACUGCAGCUGGCGCUGGAGCGGGCCGAGCUCCAGGUGCUGUCCCGCACCGCCGAGAAGGACGGCGUGCAGCGAGGUAACCUGCUGUGCCUUGCAGGCCGGGCGGGGCUCAUGUCGCGGUUGUUCGGCGUGGUGGACAGCGAGGAGGUGCUGGAGCAGAAGGUGAGCCUGCUGGACCAGCGCAUCCAGGAGGGCCGCUCCUCCAUCUCGUGCGCCCGCGAGGAGCUCAGCGAGUUCUCGGCGCUGGCGCUCACCGACGUGGAGCGCUUCCAGAAGCAGAAGGUGCUGGACAUCCGGGAGACGCUGGCCAGCUACGUGUCGCUGCAGAUCAAGAUGUGUCGCAAGAACCUGCAGACCUGGACGCACGUCAGGGACUGCCUGGAGGGCAUCCCGUAACUGCCAGCGUUCCCGCCGCCGUUCCAGCUUUAAUAUAACCACGUGUACACUUAGCUUGGAAACCUCAGCGUUUCACAUGACUGCUUUUCUAUUGUCUUAGUAUUAAGUAUUAUUUAUUUUGUUUGUGAUAUAUAUAUAUAUUCAGGUUUUUACAUGAAAUAUAGCUGUUCUCAUGUGUCAUUGUGUGCGAGUAGAGCACGUUCAUGAUCUCUGCUGCAAUGCGUGUGUUCUGUUGCAUUCAAAAAAAUUAUGGCUGUGCGAAAUAAUUGUUUUGUGGCAUUACAGUUUACAGUGUGUUACAUAUCAAAAAGUAUUGUAUCAAAUCAUUAGUAGUGUUAGUGUCUUGUUUCGCAGAUCUUGGGUAUUAUGUUUUGUUUUUUUCUGUUAGAACUGUAGACGUACGUAGUUCUCUUGUUGAAUCGUGUCGACUCGACAUUUUUGUUUCUAAGUAUCUGUAUCCACCAGUCUUGUGUAUUCAUAUUUUAGGUUGGAUAUUGUACUUCUGUUUGUUUAGUUAUUGCUAAUAUUAAUUAAGUAUGGCCAAUGAGAAAAAUCUCCUGGAUUUGUUGCAAUAAUGAAGAAUGUUUGGUUUUUGAAUGUUAAGUUAGAAGAUUUUAUAUGUUGCAAUUUUUUUUAAUACAAACAUUUUUUUAAGGCAGUUACAGUUAGUGUUUGAUAUUGUUUUGGGGUAUUAUUAUUUUUUUUUUUUCAUCAAUGAAAACUAUAAAAUAAAAUUUACAUCAUAAGUGCCAUAAAAUAUGACCAACACUUCAUCACUCACUCACAGAAAUAGAAAUUAUGUAAUAUUGGUGAAAGAAUUCUGACAUGGUCCUGCUAAUUAAGCUAGGUGUAUAAAUGCUUUAUGUUGCUUGAAAUUUUUCAGUUUUGAAAUGUACAUAUUUCUUUCGUAAAUUUAAAUGUUGGCUAGUUGUUUCUCAAACUCCAAAAUGUAAUUUUGAUACCGCCCGAAAUCAGCUGGAACGUAUGCCAGAGUACCUGGUGCUCUGCUGCUAUGCACGUACUGCUGGUACUCCGGCACCGCGGCCAAUAAGAGCUGUCUCGCAGUCACAACACCAGGUUUACAUCAUGCCUUUAGCUGUACAUCAUCUGGGCAGAAUCUUUCCACCAAUAAAACAUUUUCAAAUCUUUAUUAUUUUUUUAAAUGUAAUUUAUACUUUUAUCUGACAAAAAUACCACAAUUUCACGUUGUUAAUUGAUUGUAACCAUUAACAUGCGAAAGUGUGAUGCAACUUUACCGCUGUUAUUGAGGCUUAUUAAAUUUUUGUUUCGUUUGGAUUUCUAGUUUGGCAGCACCUGUUCACUUUGUUUGUUGAUAAUUUGACGAUAAACUACAACUUAUUUGUGAUUUGAUUGUGUCAAUUUUUCAUGUUUGUGUUAUUGAUGUGUAGUUGAUCUGAGCUUGUGGAACGCGGUAUUCAUCAGUGGCCCAGCGCCCGGUACUCACUGCUUGGCUUGAGUGUUGCAAGUGGCAGGCAAGAUCAUGUGGCAUCUCCAAAACUGCACUGGUAAAGGGCUUUAGGAUAAGCCUUUUACUUUUAUUUAUACUAUUCUUCUUAAUGUUAAAACUACAAAGCUUAUUUGAAGUGUACUUUUUCUUGAGAUGGAUAUUUCUGCAAGUUUUUGGCUUGAGCCAAGCAGAGUUCAGUAUUUAUACCUUCAAGUAGAGUAGAGUCCAGACUUAUUUAUAGUAGAGUAGUGCUCUAAUAGUUGCAGAGUUUUUUUUUUGUGAAGAGAAUUAUAUUGGCUUAUACUAUAGCCGUAAUGCUAAUGGUAAAAAAGAAAUAUUGCAUGUAAAAACUUAAUAUUAAUUUUUUUUAAGUAGUUCUAUCAUUGGUACUGAGUCAAAUAAAUAAACAAAAUCAAUUAAUUUUAUCAGUAGUUGGGUUUAAUACUAUAAAUUUUUUUUUCUUGUUUAGGAGUAUCUCAAAUAUAGAAGUAGUUCAGCAGAAAAAAGGCUUCUUAAAAAUAAGGGGAAUAAUAUUUCAAUCAAAAGGUUGGUUAUGUUAAUGUCUGCUACAUUAAUUAUAUACUGUUACAUAUUAUUGACAUAGGCCUAUAAAAUAUGUAUUCUUAAUGUAUCUGACCUAGUCAAAUAUACAUUACACUUAAGUUUAUAUUUAAUCCCAGAAUCUGUAAUGUUUUAAUUUUAAAAUAACCAAAUGAACUUUUUUCAAACAUCAUUAAUGGAUGUGUUAAAAACUGUGCUUUGACUUACACCUUUAUAAAAACCCAUUUUAUUAAAAAAUAAAAUAAAAAGGCAUUAACUAAAUGCAAAUUGCAGUAUAGCCUCGUGUGCAAACAAAAAAAAACCACCAGAACUUUUGAAUAUAUAAUCAAAGAUAUGAAGAUACAACUUCAGUGUAUCACUUUUGGUUUUCUAUACAUUCAUGCUGAACAUUGAUACUAUUUAUGACACUAGUUGAAAAUACGUAAAUACUUUCUUUUCAAAUUUUGUUUGCUGUGGUACAAGUCUGUGGUGUACUGCUGGUAUUUCAAUCCAUAAUGGUAUCAAUUUCUAGUGUUAAAAGACAAGUAGCGGCAUAUACUUUUCCCAAUGUUGUAACAAUAUAAAAUACCCAUAAUUGAAGAAAACUUUGUAAAAAGGGAGAAAACAUAAAUAAAAAGGUUCUAAGUACAAUAUUUUAGGGUAGAGUAUUUGCGUAAUAGUCGUACGUGAUAUGUUCGUUGCACUUGUCUAUUAAAAAAAAAUACUGUUUAGUCUUGUCUGGUUGAGUACAAUAAACUCUACUCAAGUUGAGUUGUGCCGAAGUGCUCACUCAACUCUGCUUCAGUUUCUAAAUCUCGGCCCAUCUCAAAUUGUUUCAGGUUCCUACAAGAUGUUCUACAUUUAAUAACGGAACUGUUCAUAAUAAUGUAUGUUCAGUAUUAAAUAACAAAACUGGGUUUAUCAAGUACAUAGUUGAAAGUUACUGUAGACACGUGGCCAAUCUAGUGUGCUAGGUACUUAAAUGUUACAUUCGUGUGAUAGUUUUUACUCAGAUUGGUUUCAUUUUUAAGGCCCAUUCUCCAGUGACCCGCAAGUGGAGAUGGAUCUCGCGGAACGGAGUGUCUGAACUGGCAGGCGCAUGGUCCGGGACCUGUAUGAUUGGCUCAGCAAUGCCGAGCGACCAAUAGAAGCCGUGCAUUUGGCUGUGGCGGUAGACAUGUUUAUGUUGUAAAUAUGUUAAAAAUUGUUUCGAGUACAAUAACAUAUACUGUUAGAUUAUUACUUAUUGAUUUAUAUUUAUUAUAUAUAUAUAUAUAUAUAUAUAUAUAUAUAUAUAUAUAUAUAUAUAUAUAUAUGUAAAUCAUGACCAUGUUAUUAUCUUGAAUCUAAAUUAUUUUAAAAUUAAAUUAGUAUUUCAUUCGUAUCCAUUAAAAUUCAAUCUCAUUGGUUGCCAUUGCUACGUUUUUUGUGCAAUUGGAAGCACCGAUGUUGAAGUUUUCUGGUAGAUCUGUCUCCGCUCGUGUGACGUGUUUCUGUGUCAUUGUAGUACGAGCCUAGCACGAGUUAGUAUAUGUUCAAGUUCAGUGUUUUUGUUUUUGCGGCAGUAGUGCAUUGGCAAACAUUUCACUGUUUCUGUUUUGUUUAAUAGGAGGAUGUGUGUGUCUUCCAUUGCAGUCGUCUUAUGUGUGUCUGAUGGGAAUAAUAAAGUGUGCGAGCCAAGAUCCCAGUAAACGGGUACGGCCACGCGUGUGCAUCCUCCCUAAUGAAAACAAGAUUAUCUCAACAGACUAGUGUCGCUUAUUAAAAUUGAUGAUCUUUUUUUUUAUAUAUAGAUAAUUCCUGGAAAAAAUUAGUUCCUUCUGCUAACCAAAAUAAAAAUAUAUAAAAAAAAAUUUAAGGAUUUAAGAUGUUGGGUUCAUUUAGUUUUACAAUUGUUUGGAGUGGGUCGUGGGCAUAACUUAUUGAAUACAUAAAUAGUCCUAUAUUAUAAACAAUAAUUGUUGAGCUUUGACAAUCACGCCAGCCGUGUGCAGAAGCUUUAGGCUACGUAACGUGGCGACACGCAGUCGUUCGUUGGAGCAAGCAUGAAUUUUUGUCACCUUAGUAUUUUGCUAGCAAAACUUUUUUGUGUGAAUAUAUGUGCGAGAAGAAUAAGCUAGGUACUCAGAUUGUAAUGAACUGACAUAUUUUACUUUUCGCGGAUAACAUGCACAGCCAUAUUGCUGAAGAGUCGACAUAACAUUGGUAGCUUGGAAACCAUUCUCUUCUGUAUUAGGAUUCUGGAAGUUAUAGUUCUAUUAGAACCUUGUGAUUGUUCUUCUUAAAACUUAUUCUUUCUCCAUUUCCUAUUUUUUUUAGAAUUGUAACUUGACUCGUGGUCCCAUUUUCACGUGCAUUAGUGUGUGGUUGCGAUAUUGCAGAUGUUGCCUCCCACUGCGUGCCGCGUGGCUUCGCGGUUGGCUGCUCUGGCGAGAGCUGAUUGGUGGACUGGCGGCACCCGCCAUGUUGUCUCUAGAACUUGACGGGGUGUGGGUUCCUGAUCAUGUCCCUUUUUACGUCAUUUCUUCCCCUCUGCCCUCGAACUGCUAGGCCACGGGGUGGGCAGCGUCGAAGCUGUCGUCCGCAAGUGUUGCCGUGACAACAGCUGAACAGUGAGUAGUGCAUAGUGAAUCAGUGUUUGAUGAGUGUUUGAGAUAGUGGUUAAAUAAUACAGUCAACUAACUGCAGUGCACACUACUGUGGCAGGGACCGAUUCGUGAGGCCCCACCCCCUCCUAUAUAGUCUCGUUAAUAACAAUGUUAGUACUCAACAGUACCUAGUUAAUUAUUUUUGAAAAUUACAAAGAUAUGGAAAGGUAAUCUAAAUAUCAGUAAUCUCUAUCACAAAUUUUUAACAAGGUGUCAGGUCCUAUCGCUUUGCUACCACGUGCCGACAGCCAGCGAGACGCCACGAACUGAAGGAUUGUGUUGCACAGAGGUUAGCAGGCUCGUCAGUGGGGGCAAUGUUACAAACUGUGCUAGAAGAAAUAUGACGCGUGAUGGUUAUUAUUCCUGUUAUGCUUACCACAUGUAAUUUUUAUUGAUACAUAUUUAAAACAGUAGUAUAUGUGUUAACACAACUAUAUUGACAUUAAUCCUCAUUAAAAGUUAACUAUGUCUCCACUCUCCGUGUAAUGUGUGUUGAAUAUUUGUUCUUUUUACCAGUGGGAUGAGUUUGAAACUUUUGAUAUGCUCUAGUCAGGUGUGCGUGUGCUUAGUUUCCUCGCUGGGAAUGCUUGAUCACCACAGUUGCGGCAGAAACAAGAUGUACUGUUAUUCCUGCAGGUGUGUGAUACUUAUGAAUAUUGUAUUGCUGAUGUUCUGAUUAGGCAAGUCCCCUGCCUGUGGCUCACUGCUACUGCGCUGCUGUUGGUCAGCUCACGGGGUAGCAGAGUCUGAUCAAAGACAGGAUACAGCUGUUGCACCAAAUUAAAAAAAAAAGUUUUCUUUUGUCCACGAGAAAGCAAUGGGUGAAUAUUUUGACCGUCAUAUUGGGAAGAUAAAACUUACAAUCGUUGCGUGGCAACAGUCACUUUCGCUAGCACAGCUCCAUCUGGACCAUCCGACAACAUGACCGUUAAAUCUAGUUACGCCAGUUGCACUUGCAUAGUUACAAAGAUUCUUACCAAGUAUAAACGUAUAACACUGUAACAGUGUUCAACUACAUCAAAAUCUUAAGUGGGAUUUUGAGUUUGCAGGCAGACAGUUUAUCUUUCUGAUAAUGAUUGAGAGCAACAGGAGUUCGUGACUUUGGACUUGACAUAAACUAAUCACAUUAAGUCCCUUUGGCUAAUAGUACAUGUGUAAUCCAAUUUAUUUCUUUCUUUGUAUGUAAACAUUAACAUCAUGAUCCUGUGUGUAUGUUCACGUUUCUUUUUAUAGAAACUUUUUUUUAGUAUUUAUUUAUUUUUGUACUCUAAUUAUAAGAAUCAAUGGAAAGUAUACAUUAGUUUGUUCUCUUUGUUGUAUUAAAGAAUGUAUAACAAAAUUGUUUAGUUGAAAUCAUGUUGGAAGUAAUAUUUUGGUAUUUUGUGUUAUGUUUUUCUGUAUUGUUGUUUUCUUAGGUUGUCACUUGAACAGUGGAGCGUUGGUGCCCGCAGCCGCGGGGCAGCAAGUGUGUAGUUGUUCUGUGUGUAGUUAGCUUGUCAUGGGACCAGGCCGUUGUACGUCAUGUUCUGUGUGUGGUCACAAUAAAACCAACCACACUC